AUGGCGGACAGGAGCGCGCAAGUCAUCGCCGUGGCCAUUCUGUUCUUGGUUUUGACGUGGCUUGCGGUCGGCCUGCGGAUCUACUGCCGAACGUUCCUGAUUCGGUGCAUUGGUAACGAUGACAAGGUGAUGGGGAUUGUCCUGAUUUACGGCGGCACGCGUGGGAUAGGUCUUCUCGAUGUCGACUUGACCCCCCAGAAGAAGCUCGAAUCCCUCAAAUUGUGGUGGAUACUGGAACUGCUCAACGUCUGCUCAACCUGCCUGCUCAAAAUCUCCGUCGGCUAUUUUCUCCUCCGCGUCGCAAUAGAACGCCCUCACAUCCUGACGAUAUGGCUCCUGAUGGCCGGAACGGUAGUCUUCGGGACGACGUAUCUCCUCAUGGUCGCAUUCCAGUGCCGGCCCGUCCCUACAUACUGGGAGCAAGGGCCCAGAACACCAGAUAAGUGCUGGCCGCGGCAGGUCAUCCUCAUCAUGACCAUCGCAGCGACGGUGAUCAACACGAGCGCGGACUUCAUCUUCGGCACGCUCCCGUGGUUCAUCGUCCGAUCCAUGAACCUGCCGCUGGGGACCAAGAUUGUGGUCGUCGAUGAGACCACCACCUUCGCAAUCUGGAGCACCGUCGAGCCAGGCGUCGGGAUCAUCGCCGCCUCCAUCGCCACCCUGCGCCCCCUCUACAAACUCGUCGCGACCAAGAUCCGCCGCACCAACUCCAGCGGCUUCCGGCGCGACCAAUGGCGCCAGCGCCAACAAGCCCGGCGCAACGAGACCAUCCGCCAGGUCCGCGCGGCACACAACCUCGACCCCGAGAAUCCACCACCAACUGACGCGGACCUCACAUCCCCCCACGGCAUCUUCGAGGUCAACCCGCCGCCGCUGCCACCACUAAGCAAGAACACCAACUCGACGCUGAAAUCCAGGACGACGACGACGGAUGGAGGGGACCGCCAUAGUCACAGCACGCGGCAUACGUUGACCCUGAUGGAAUUUCCCUCGGCAUUACGGCUAAGCGACGACUUCCGCCGGACUAUGCAGCGGCCUCCCGAGGAGUGGCUUGCGAUUUUACGGGCCGAGGAAGGGGAGGCUGACCCAAAAGCGGUCGAGGAAGAGGAGGGCGACGAGCAAGAAGACAGCGAUGCGGAGGAAACCGAGACCCCGCCAACCGUUUUAUCGCCACCCCCGCCGGUGCGGAAAGCAAGCUAG